UGCCCACAGCUCUCUCUAGAUACCCCGACGAAGACGAGGCAGUGCCUGGUGGCUUUGCCUACGGGUUGCAUGCUGUCGCCUCCUCUCGCGCCCCAAGUCACUUAGAGAGAGAGAGAGAGAGAGAGAGAGAGAGAGAGAGGGAGAGAGAGACAGACAGACAGAGAAAGAGGGAGAGGGAAAGAGAGUAGAGGCGACAGCGGUGGAACAGGAACUCGCACCUUAGUAUAGAUUAUAUAGAUAUAAGUUUUUGGUGUUGUCGGACAAUAAGGUAUCAGGCUUUCUGCUUCCUCUUCUUUUUUUCUUUUCUUCCUCCUUCAUCUUCAUCUCCUUCUUUCGCUCUACUGCCGUACCUCUUCAAACAAGUCCGCCAAGCGAAGUUCGCUCGUUCGCCAAUAUUGUGAUUCCGUUCAGUGUCUGGAAAAGAUGAAGUGGUUUUCAGUUUACACGUGAGAGUGAGGACUCGAGGGAACCGUGGAGACAAAGGGAUGAAGUAAACGAAAAGGAAAAUAUAACACAUUUACCGACACAGAGAGAGGAAAUACGUCAAGAACAUUCCCUUUCCAAAAAGACGGUCAGUUGGAUCGGCAUCUUGGCUGGGAGACACAGCACCUACAACUUCAGAAGCAUUGCAACAAACUUCAGAAGCAUCCAGGAGUCUUAGAGAGAGAUAGAGAGAAGUUCUCCGGAGAACAUGCAAGGAUAACUUCUUGUUCUGAGAUAUUGAUAUCAUGGAAUAAGUAACUGCUACUUUCACCAUGGGAGAGGACACUAAAUAUUGUGGACAUUGCAAGCGGGAGGUGUCGUCGAUAAACUUCACGAUCCACACCGUCCAUUGCCAGCGCAACAUAGCCAUAUGUUCCAUGUGCAAUGAGCCCGUGCCUCGCUCUCACUACCAACAGCACAUCGAGACCAGCCACAAGACCAUUCCCUGUCCGAAAUGCUCGCAGAAGAUCGAGCCGCUCAAAAUAUUCACUCACGAGAAAGAGCACUGCCCAAGAAGAAUGGUGACAUGUGAGCACUGCGAGCUGGAGAUCACGGCCGCCGAACACGAGAAGCACAAGGAGUACUGUGAAGCUCGCACUGAGCGCUGCAAGGGAUGCACCAAAUACGUCCAAGUUCGUUACCUCCAGUUUCAUUACGAGACGGAUCACAAGUACUUAAAGCCGGAAGAUAAAGCAAGAGCCGAUGAGAAUUCUGACGACGAGGGCUCUGAAUGUCCAAUCUGCCUUGGACCCGUGACCCUUCCGCUCGCCCUUGACUGCGGCCAUGUCUUUUGCAUGGUCUGCGUCAAGGGCAUCGCCAACACAACUAAAAACUGCGCCAUCUGCAGAAGAGAUAUCACACGUGACAUGUUGAUGGAUAUCAGAUUCUGCAGAGAAGAAGAUAUUAUCAAGAAUUACGUCAACAAACCCAGGGAAAAGAAGACGGUGCGAAGCCACAGUGUACCUAGCCGGGGCACUGGGCCAGGGGGUAGAAGACUUGUCCACCACACUACUGAGGAUUAUGAUGAGAUGGUGUCAGCACUAAUGUCCAGCCGCACCACCUCUCCAUCCUACAGAUACCAACGCCCGACCAACACCCACACUCCUCCGUCCUAUACUCCUUACUCCUCCACAACUUCCUCUACCUCAGACUCCUGCAAGGAUUCCUGCAAGGACUCUUGCAAAGAUUCGACCGAGUCUUGCAAGGAUUCCUUUCAGGAUGAUGACUGCUGCUGCUCUUCCAGCCGCUCUACAUCCUCCGGUUCCCAAACAGCCACUACUAACAGCAUUUCCAACGCUGCUUCAAGCAGUAGCACGAGCUCAACUUCAACUACUACUACCACGACUACUUCCACCCAAAGAGCAUCUAGAGACUCUUUGUCUAGGACUGCCAUUUCUUCUUCGCCUUAUUCUGCUCCCGCUAUUAGGUCCAGCUCUGCUUCACGAGCAUUAACAUCUUAUUCCUCUAGGUCUAACGCUGCUACUACCAGCAGGACCUCUACAUCAUCAACUUCAACCCCUACUGUCACAUCCACGAGCUCUUCGAGUGCUUCUACUGCUUCAACAUCAUCUGCCACGUCAACUUCCACUUCCUAUUCAUCUAGUGCUUCCUCUAAUAAGACCUCUUGCACCUCUUCCACAGCCUCAGUAUCCUCUUCCACCACGACCUCUUCGUAUUCCUCUUCCUACUCUAAUGGUGCUCGACCAAGAAGACCAACAACACUUGCCUUGGAGACAAAUGCUGUUCUGGCCACUCUUGCAGCUCAGACUUCUAGUACACACUCCCGACUGAGCGGGAGCCGUAGUGCUGAGCCUCCAGUCAAUGCAACACAAGAGCAAUAUGAUCGAUGGUUAGCUUUUCAACUUGCUAAAGCUGAUGAUGAUCUCCCUCCUUCAGAAUUCAACAGGAAGCAUAAACCAACUUUCCGUCGAUCCUUCUCUAUGCCAGAAAGACCUGAGAAUGUAUCAGAAAGCAGCAGUGGCAGUGAUUCUGACUCAGAUAGUCCAUCAUCAAGAGGGAGCUCUCGUCGGCCUCCUGCUUCACCACGAAAUGCAACUACUACAUCUUCAUCUGCCUCCUCGUCAAGUAGGAGCACUCCCAUUAGCAAAUCUUCUAGCGAUUCCAAUGCCUCCUCAAGUAGUGGUACUGGAAGUAGCGGAAGUGCUUUAAGUACAGGAGCAAGGCCAAAGAGUUCUGGACUUAGGAAGCGAGUCUCAUUCAAAGAAGAUGCUCCACCUAUCCGACGCGAAGCUCCAGUUUUACUCCCCUGUGAAUUUUGUGAUGAGAUGUUCCCAGAGCGAGAUCUUAUGCGACACCAAACAAGCUGUGAACAAAAUGAGACACAGUUGCCUAGGGCUUCUCGCUUAGCCCAACUGGCAGCUGUUAACAACAGUUCUACAUCCUCAGUUAAUUUAGUAUCAUCAACAUCAACAUCAAAUACCAGUGUGAGAGUAACCUCUGUCAGUGCCUCAACUGUGACAACUCAAUCAACGACUACACAAAGUGCAACUGGCCAUGCAUCUCCCCCACCAAGAAGACGUCAGGGAAGAAUGCCUACCCCAGUGUGCACACCCCCUCGGAAAGCUACAGUGUCCAGUACCUCUUCAGCAACAGAAUCACCAUCUGUUCCAGCAAGAAAAAGCCCUGCUCCUAUUCCUAGGAGGAAUACCGCUCAGAACAGAAAUCAGGAGCUUCGAACUUCCAGCCCUCCACCAAGUUGUCCUUCAUCAACUAGUCCACCACCCAUGAGUCCUCCUCCAACCACCACAAUCACGAUAGUGGAUCAGCCACCUACAGUUGUGGUAUCUCCUAGCUUAAGCUCUGGUAGCAAUCGGCCGUUUAGUGUUAGUCCAGCUUCAAGCACUUCUACAAACAGCAGUUCUGCCAGCAGUGGUUCGCUUAGCAGUAGCUCCACCACACCUUCAACAAGCAGUUCUGCAUCUCCAGUACCCGUUAACAUGCCACAUCCAGACAUUGCACCUCCAGAUACUCCAACAACAGAUGUCGAGCUUGAGUAUGAUGAAGAUAUACCUUUCAGCCGACCUCGUAAAGGUCGCCUCUUGUCUUCAGCUAUUUUCUCGUGGCGUAGUAUAUCUGGAAGUGCAGCCACCAGACGUGGAGGUUAUGCUCGCUCUAACACAGCUCCUCUUGAGGACACAAAUACUGAUGACUCACCCCAGCCUUUACAACCUGUAACAACAAGUAAAUCAGCCACACAGCUGCCUUCACAACACAGUCCUGACACAGAAUCAUCAUCCCCAUAUCCCAUGAUUUCAAGGUCUCCUUCGCCAUCAAAAAGACACCUAAAACAAAUCUCACACUCUCAAAAUGAAACUGUAACAGAACCACAGGUAAAAGAUAUGUCUCCUCCACCAACGAACACCUCAGCACAAGAGCAUUCUGAGACAGUUUUUAUAAAAAAUCCAAACAAAUACAAAGCUCCUCCACCACCACCACAGCUGCCUUCACAAAGCUCUUCACUGCCACCUAUAAAAUCAGGUAUUCCUUUACAUAGUCAUAGCACAUCAACUACUUCAUCACCACCAACAGUUACAAAUGCGAAUGAGAAGAACCAGCUAAAUACCUCGUCAACGAAAGAAAAUGUCACCCAAAAUGAUGGUGCCAAGAGCCAGUCACAAGACAAAAAUGGAUUCAUCAGGUUCGACAGCAAGCCUAUGAUGAACAGCUUUGCACCGAGAGAAGCUGAGCUCCGUAUCAACUGCGAGUUCUGCAAACAAGUAUUCACACCAGAGAAAUUUCGAUCCCAUCAGACUGUGUGUGAGGCUGCACUACGGCCAGUUUCUAGAAGAGCUGCAACGCCAGUGGAUCAGCCCCCGCCACAGAAAAGCAAGAGCCCCAUCCCAGCUAAACAUAAUAAAGGACCUGCACCCGCACCACCUCCACCUCAAGCCCCAGCUGAAUCCACUCCAGCAGAGUGCCCAGCCAAAGACCCUGUCAAUAAACGCUUAGAGAGAUCCCACUCUGUCAAGGACGAACGUUCUACCUACCGAGUGACUCGGCGUCUGGAAAGAGCCUCCAGCAUCAAGGAGUCGAGAACCACAAGCAGCUACAUUGACAAAAGCAGCUUCAGCAGAUGGGGAUCGAGAGACUGCGUCUACAGCAAUGGCAUAGACUCUCCAACAUCUUACUCGUCUACAGGAUGGAGUGGAAGCACAAGUAACCUCUUUGGAGGCUGGGCAGGCAGUGGAAGUCAUGCCUGGUCUUCUCACCUCAGUAUGGUUCGAGAUGACUUGAGACACAGAGCUGCUACUUCGUCUAUCAACGCUCUUUCACAAGAUAAUGGGGGUGACUCAGAUAAUGGAGGGGAAAAUGAAGUAGAAACAGAGGGGAAUGGUAGAGAUAGGAGUAGAUCCAGAUACAACAGCUGCAACUCCCUCUUGGUUGAAGUGCGAGCUGCGCUCAACAAGACCACACCCGGCCACUUCGCUGUCGACUCUGGCGGAGCGAGAUAUCGUGAGCGAAGCAGCAGCCGAACCAGACCUGCCUCCAUGUAUAGCAUGAGCAGUGGAGGUUGGGGAUCUAUGUUUGAUCUCAGUUCCCCAUCCCGCACCUUCAACAUCUCAGAUGCAUUCUCCACAGCAUCCCUGGCAUCGAAGAGGCGGUACAUCCGAUAGAUGUCUUAACCCAACUGCCGAGCAUGUGGCCAACAAUUUUAAGUUUCCUCCGAAGAAGUCACCAAAGAAGUACAGAGCACCUCAACCUCCGAAAAAGCCUACUUGACCUCGCCUUGACCCGUAGGCUUGUGGAAGACGAUGUAAAUACUUUCGCUUCAACCGCUGUCCUAUCACUAUGAAGGACAGUCGUAGUAUUGUGUGUGGCAAUUAUGGAUUGAUACGAAAUGCCUAUGGGCACGUUUUGACCGACAAGAUGAUAUGAUAUGAUGCUGAUCUACGACCUGAGAGAUUUCUGACGCGCCAAGCGUCUGUACCUACGUAGAGAUCACUGUAGAUUACUGUAGAUGGACCAGUAAUCAUGAUACAAAUGUGACUAUUAACCUCGAGCAAUGACGUAAACAAGAUUACCUAUAUUGACUUAUCGACUCACAAAUGAAGAGAAGUACUUGAAUGGAAAAAGGUUGUGACAACUUCUUCUGACACCACUGCUUUUUUGAAAAUACUGAUAGGUUUAGCAAGGAGCAAUGGAGGGUCCUUUUCGAUCUGAAACCUUGGUGUUUCAUUCUUGUUUCUAAUGAAAGUAUGACUUCAAACGUAACUUUUAUAGGAUCUUCUCAGAAAGUUCCAUUAUCAACAAGAAUCUGAUGUGAAUGUCCUCCAUCUCUGAAUGAUGAAUGAUUUUACAUAAAAGAGGUAGUGUGGAUUAUGACUUAGAAACUACAUACAAUGGUGUUUUGAACCUAUAGUUUAAAUGCCUUUUUGUGUAGUAAUAUAUAGAAUCUGAUUCCUACUUUCAAUAAGUGGGAAAAAACUGUUUCCCCAUAUACCUGCCAAGUCCCUUCAAAAGAAAAAUAUCCCCAGACAUAAAUUCCUUGAACAAGUGUGGAGAUGCAUAUGUCUGGAAAGUGUUGCUUUUAUAAUUUAAAAAAAGAGGAAGAGAGGAAGUGACUUUUCCCUUCCUCUCCUUCCUCAAUGCUCAUCUGUGUGUAUCCUGCACCUUUCGUUUGAAUGACAAAGAUGUGACCCGUAAGUCAAAGACAUACCUCACAUCCCGUUUCCACCACUGCCACUAAGUCUUUUCACUGCCAAUCAUAAUCAUUUUGCUCUGUUGCUCGUGUUGAGGUUUGAUUACCCUCUCCCCUCACCCCAUCACCACACCUUUUUAUACUGCAGUUUUGUUACCCCUGCAAUCAGCAGCAAGCUUGGGCAUAUGUGCCCCACGUAGUGUUUUGCCUAAAGUUAAGAGAUGAAAUCCUUCCGUGUUAUACUGGAUGCACCUUUGGCUCAACUGGGUCACAAACGUUGAAGGCUAUAUUUCAUGGCAGCCCAAGAGUGACUUCAAAGCGAGCUUUAGUUUCGUAAAUUUAGGACACUGUGGAAUAAUAUGCCAUGCUUAUCUUAGUCCAUAUCUUUGGGAAUGAUUAUUACAAGAUGCUCUUUUAUCCUAAACACAGAUGGUCCCCUUGAAAGACUACGCUGCCAGUGUAUUCUUGAUAAGGGGUACUCAUCUGAUCCUACACAUACAAUGCUACGCAGAAUUAUCCUCAAUGGAUAAUGUUACUAGCUAAAACUAUUUCUUUAUCCCACUUCAUAAGAGAAAAUGCUGAAAAAAAUGACUUACGGUGAAAUCCUCAUACAGGAUGCACUGACAGAAUGCGAAGAGGCGCGUAUCAUUAAACGUGUCAAAUUAUUUAUAAAAUAAUUUAACGCUUUUAGGAUCAUGAGAACAGAUUACAAAGUAUCUCAUCUAUUAGUAAAUGCAUUUUGAAAUGAGGGUUUUAACUAAAAGUGACAGGAAAUCCUAUUCUGUAGCCCUACUGAACUACUGCAUGCUAAGUGACCGAUACUUCACCGAGACUAGGAAAUGAUAUUUAGAAUACUGUGACUGUCAAAAUACUAAGCUGUUUACCGUAUGGCGUUUACCAAUGGAGUAAUGAUACGUGUUACUAGUAAAGCUUGCUAACACAACUCCAAAUACCAACUUCUGACAUUUUACACAUGAAUUUAGUGUUCAAUACUUCUUCAUUAGACAAUAUCAACACGACUUUACAGCCAUCUGGAGAUUGCUAUAAGCCCGAUGCAAGAACCGUGAAUAGAUAGAUCGUGAAUUACUUUAACAAUAAUGAUAAUGAGGUUAUUUUCCCCACAACUGCAUUAUUUCGAUAAUGCAAGCUCUUUCGUUUUUCUUUCUUUCACAAUGAGUGACUAUUUUCAAACACUGCCAGUGUUCCUCGUGGCAACUUCGUAAUGGUGGCUCGUCUUUUUUUUUUUUGUACAUAACUAUAUCAUGUGUAUAUGUAUAUAUAUAAAAUGAAAGAUAAACAUUAUGUUUGAAUUACAGUUACCUCAGGUACUGUUAAUUUAAAAGAGCAUUCCAUAUGUAACGACGGAGCAGGUUCGCUAAAUUUCAGUCGAAUUGGACGUCAAGUUUUUUGUCAAGGUCUGAGGAAAUUCCACGUGAAGGACAUUUGAUGGUCUACUGAUUGAUUGAAAUAUUAAUCUAAAGUAUUUCGAAUUUCAGCCAAGAACUGCCUUCGAACUUACACCUGGAAUGAGUUGUAUAUUCUUUUUGUGAUUCUUUUUUUCCAAGUCGAUGAGGAAGACUUUUUCCCCUUGUUACGUGUGAAUUGCUGUAAUACACUAACUGUACAGGUUCUCUAUUUCGAGAGGAAAUCCAAAAUACUUGGGUCUUGGAGGGUACUUUAGAUUAAAAUCUGACCCAAAGAUUUAUCAAAUGAUAGCUCUUUUACCCCCUUCGAUUUCAAGAGUGCGUCAGUGAUGUUCAGAUGUUUUCUGAGUUCAAGAAUUGGGAAACCUAAACAAGAAACAUGUUUUGAAACAAUGAAUAAGUUUUUAUCAUAGUGUUCAGCUAAUGGCUUGAGUAUCUGUUUGAUUUUUAGGUAUUUAUUGAAUGGUAAGGGUAUCAGAAGUCGAAAUAAAAUUGAUAAACGGUAUAUCAACCAAACCUUCGCGCACUUGCUUGGAAAACGGCUCGAACGAAACUGCUCCUGCAUAUCUGAGUCCAGUUUCAUCUGCUGCAAACGUUUCUUUUGAAAUCUAAGCUGUCUGUAGUCGUCUAUACCAGGAAAUCGUUGGGGAAAAAAAGAGCUCUGGGGCGUAGGAGAAGAAGAGAGGGAAAAUGCAAGUCCUUUAUCAAACGUGUGAAAUUGGGAUGCGUCAGCCGAGUGAACGCAGGGCAUCUCAGAGGAGUGAGGACCUCCCUCAUUUGUUGUGGUCCUUACGAAUCCUGUGUUAUUUUGUGGCUCACUCGUUAAUGUAAUUACUGAAAAAAAUAUGUUUGUGAAUGACUUUUUUUAUAUAGGAAUUUCUACUGUGAUAAAUAUAUAGAUGAGCUGACA